GAAUGCUCUUCAUCCUCAUUCAAGGAGCCCGAGCGACGGGAACGCACGGGCCAGACAGCCUUGCGUGAAACACAAGGUCCCCACGCAGAAUUAGGGACGCCUCGCUGGACCCGUGCAGCCUUGUCCCCGCCCCCCGACGAGGCACAGCAUCCGUCCUCAUGCGCUCGCACGCUGCGUGAGCCCCGUCAAAAGCGCAGAGCGGUGGCUUCUGUCGGACCGAUGGAGUCGUAGUAAUAGUAGUAGCGACAGGAUUCAUCCCCAGCGCGCCGCUUUUUUCGCCCGUGUUCCUUUAAUGGAUUCGCCUUUUCUCUGGAAUACUGCUUCGUCCUGUCGCGAGUGAGCUGCUGUGAAUCCUGAGAGGAGAAGCCUCCGACAGGAGACAAGAUGGCGUCCAACAACACCCUGCGCAGCUACUCCAUCAUCCCAUGCUUCAUCUUUGUGGAGCUCGUCAUCAUGUCCUGCACGGUGCUGCUGGCCUACUACAUGGAGUGCACCGACCUGUUCAGCGUUCACGUGCAGGGCUUCUUCUGCAACGACGCCGAGCUGAUGAAGCCGUACCCCGGCGCCGAGGAGUCCAGCUUCAUCCCACCCCUCAUCCUGUACUGUGUGGUCGCUGCCGCCCCCACGGCCAUAAUUUUCAUCGGAGAGGUGUCCAUGUAUGUGAUGAAAUCAACCAGGGAGGCUCUCCUGGCCCAGGAGAAAACCAUUGUGACGGGAGAUUGCUGUUACCUCAACCCACUCGUUCGCCGCAUCAUACGCUUCAUAGGUGUGUUCGCCUUUGGCCUCUUCGCCACCGACAUCUUCGUCAACGCCGGCCAGGUGGUGACGGGUGGCCUCUCGCCUUACUUCCUGUCCGUGUGCAAGCCCAACUACACCGGCACCGAGUGUCGCUUCAACCACCAGUUCAUCGUCAACGGCAACAUCUGCACGGGGAACCCGGUGAUGGUGGAGAACGCCCGCAGGUCCUUCCCGUCCAAAGACGCCUCGCUGAGUGUUUACUCCGCUGUUUACCUGACGAUGUACAUCACCAGCACCAUCAAGACCAAGUCCAGUCGUCUGGCCAAGCCCGUGCUCUGCCUGGGGACGCUCUGCUCGGCCUUCCUCACCGGCCUCAACCGGGUCUCGGAAUACCGGAACCACUGUUCAGACGUAGUGGCUGGAUUUAUACUGGGAUCCGCAGUGGCUCUGUUUCUGGGUAUAUGUGUGGUGAACAACUUCAGAGGAGUCCACAGUGCAGCGGUGAAGCAGAAGACUGAGGACUACCGGGGUCUGCCUCUAAUGACUUUCCCCCGUGUGGAGAGUCCUCUGGAGACCCUCAGUGCACAGAACCACUCGGCGUCGAUGACGGAGGUCACAUGACUAAGGGGGCAGCACCGGGUCACGUUUGCGUCUCCACAGCACUUCCAGACACAAUGACGAAGACGCAUGCCACGUGGCGCCGAAUGCUUAACAAACAACACUCCUGAAAUAUCUCUGUUUAAAUCACCCCAGGAACAAAAUACGCGGUGUUUUCAAUGGUUCUCAUCCAGUCGGGCUGCGCGUAACUCAACCUGACAAAGCACAGAUCACAACACAAGUAAACGUAAGCACAGAUUGUUUUUGCAGAUAAAUGGAACCAUUUGAAACAUGGGGUGUUUUCCUUCCAUCACGGUGAGCUGUUUGUAGUUAGAGGACGGUGUUUUGUACAUUUUGUAAGAGCGAGCGCGGCCUGUCCUGACCAUGGAUGUAGUAGGGACUCAAAGACAGCAUCAAGCACAGCUUCUGGUUUGCUUCCACUCUAUGAUUAGAAAAGUCAUGAAAAAAAAGAUUAUGCAUAUUGUAUAAAGGUGAAGAGUUCCACAGUGGAGCCAGACUGACGGCACCACAUCCGGCUCCUGAUACAUCCAUGAUCCUGACGGUUCAACCUGCACACUUCCUGUCAUCGCCAUCUAUCGCUCUUGGUCUGAAAAAUUUGCUAUGGAAAAAUAUUGAUGUUGUUGUUCUGUGAUGUUUGUCAUUUGUACAGAAAAAAGAAAGAAACCUUCUUUUUAUUAUAUCCUUCUGUACAUUAAUUGACCACGUCAGGUCAUAUUUUGUAAAGAUUUUUGUUAAUCUUAUGACUAUUACUAUACUUUAUGAUCCAUAUGGACCUGUUUGCCUGCUGUAAACCUGGAUAUGUUUUGGUAUCAGUUUAGGGGAACGUUUGGGGAUCUGCCCCGCCUCCUUUCAAGGGAAUAACAAGAAGAGUCAUGUGACGUCCUCUGAGUCAGAAAAUAGGGUUUAGCACCUACAGUAUGUAAAUGUGUCAAACGUGUUCCACCUGUUUCCUGAUUCAGUGUGAUGUCGAUAGGAGUUCCUCCACAGAGGUCCAGUGGGGCUAGCCUUUCCCAGAUCUUCCUGAAGAUUCCACAAGUAUGUGUUUAGGGAUAAGUUUACACAGAAGAUCCGAUGAAGGACAUUGUCAUAAAACACUGUAUAUGAAUACGCUGUAAUAUAAGGAAUGUAUUGGACUUGCAUAGUCAAGUCCCAGCUAGCCCCUCAAAGGAACCUUACUGUUGACUCCGGUUUUACUUCUCCUCCCCGACCCACCAGUGGAUUGUGAUGCAAUGUUGUGACUCCAUUUCCUAUUGGAAGAUAUGCCCAGCAUGAUGAAAGACGUCAUGAUGUUUUAUAGAUAUUCAUAAUUUGAAUUAUAGUCAUUAUCAUUGUGAUUAUUGUUGUCUUUUACUUUAUUAACAAAAAAGCGUUUCAUUUGAAAUGCUGUAUAUAUUUUUUUUCUUGGUUCGUCCACAGAUUAAAUAGUCAGUAGCAACAA